AUAAUACUCCGUCGUUUCCCGUAUCCUCCACAUUUCCUACAACAUCCACAAUCGUUCUACUCGGUCUACUCGGUCCUUAAAAAAAAAUGGCAAACACGAAUAAUUCAAGAUCUCAAAAUUCUCAAAAUUCUCAACUCCUUCCUAUUGCUACCCUCUUUCGUAUUGCGACGGGACAGUAUUCUUUCGGUCUUUUGGGGUACGAUAAUAUUACUGAAUUUGAAAUUCCUUCUCCAAUAGGAAUACUAAAGACUUGCAAGAAAAACUCUCGCAAACCACCCACAGUAUUCCUAAUUUUCAGAAACCCCGUUCAAAAAGCACUUCAUGAGCUUCAUUUCCGGUAUGAGAGGAAUGAGGUCUCAAAGAUUUCAUCCUCACUCUGGAAAUGGGUGAAGAUGAAUGAUCCCGUUUUAAAAAAUAUUUUCACGGACCUUUAUAAUAAGACGAGCAUGGAAUGGAGGAGAGGGCGGUUAAUUAUCGAAUUUUUUACACCGUUAGCUCCUGAUUCCUGCAAUAAUGACAACAAUAAAAAAAGUGACAACAAUAUCGAUGAGUCACAAAUUAAAAAUGCGGGAGAAGUCAUAGUAGCCCCAGCUCCAGCUGCUAAGGUGCUGGUCUGUAAGUUAACAAUGUCGGAGGAACGAGAAAUUAUGAAGGAUCUUUUCUCGGAGUUAGUAUAUUAUAUUUAAAAAAAAACGACGAUUAUAACAUGAUGAUAUUAAAUAUAUAAGAUUAUAAAAAUUAAGAUUAUAAUUUGUUUGUAUUCAUUUAUUGUAAG